AUGAUUAAUGAGUUUGUCAAUAGUGGUCGUAUAGAUUGGUCAAUCGAAAAGAAUGCAUCUUUCUGGCAUGAGCAAGCGCGUCUGGCCAUUGAACAAUCACUUGCACGAAAGGAAAACACACGAGUAGCGAAAAAUGUUAUUCUCUUUCUUGGUGAUGGAAUGGGUAUCUCAACGGUGACUGCUGGAAGAAUACGCAAAGGACAAAUCAACGGUCAAUUGGGUGAAGACUAUCUGACUGAAAUGGAACAGUUAGCUCAUUUGGGUUUGUCGAAAACAUAUAAUAUUGAUCAUCAAACACCGGAUUCAGCAGCGACAGCAACCGCUUAUUUAUGCGGUGUUAAAGCACAACUGGGUACCGUUGGAGUCGAUGGACGAGCAAAACGAAGUGAUUGUCCAAGUUCAAUCGGCACACAUGUCGACAGUAUUUUGGAUUGGGCACAAAAAGGAGGUAAAUUCUUUUUUUUUGAUCUGACGAUAUCUGUCUUGAUCUCGUUGUUCGAAGGUAAAAAAGUUGGCAUCAUUACUACUGCUCGCAUCACUCAUGCAACACCGGCUGCGGCAUAUGCACAUAUACCCGAACGAAAUUGGGAAAGUUUUGACAAUCGAAAUUUCAACGCAAGCCAUUCAGCACAAGGUUGUCGAGAUAUCGCUCAUCAACUCGUCAUUCGAAAUCCUCCAAUAGAUCUUGUGUUAGGUGGUGGUCGUCAAUUUUUCUAUCCAACAACGACAUUCGAUGUUGAAUACCCUACAAUACGAGGAUCUCGUGUUGACAAUCGAUCUCUUAUCGAUGAAUUCUGGAAAGGAAAAUAUAUCUGGAAAAUGUCUCAAAUGAAUGAAUUUGAAUUAGGCUCAUCGCAACCAUUGUUAGGUCUUUUUGAACCUAGUCAUAUGCGCUACGAAUUCAAUAGAAGCCAGAGUAAUGAUGACGAACCAAGUUUAUCCCGUAUGACUGAAUUUGCUAUCAAACAUUUUCUGAAGUUCGAUCAAGGUUUUUUUCUUCUUGUCGAAGGUGGCAGAAUCGAUCAUGGACAUCAUGAUACAAAGCCGAGAAAUGCUCUCGACGAAUUCGUCGAAUUUGAUAAUGCCGUUGGACAAGCCAAGAAAGUCUUGCAAAAUCAAGGUGUUCUCGAUGAUUCUCUGAUUGUUGUCACAGCCGAUCAUUCACAUGUAUUUACAAUCGGCGCUUAUUCUUCACGUGGUUCAAAUAUAUUAGGCUUCGGCUCAUUAGAGAACAUGAAUGUGAGUGAUAUUGAUGAUUUACCCGUGAACAUUAUCGCCUAUGGCAAUGGACCGGAGUCUAAGUCGUCUCGAAAUGCAACUUAUUUAUAUUCGUUAAACACAAAUUCGACCGACUAUCGUGCGCCGGCAGCUCUACCCAUGCAGUCGGAAACUCACGGUGGUGAAGAUGUCCCAGUAUAUGCUCACGGAUCAUGGAGUCAUCUGUUUAUUGGAACCUUCGAACAACAUACUAUUGCGCACAACAUGGCUUAUGCAGCAUGUUUGGGCGCCUAUGAAGCCAGAGAAGGAUGUACAAAAGCAUCCGCAUCAUCAUGUUCGACCUGUAAUCUAAAAUUAAUUGUCUCUUUUUUAUUCCCUCUAAUUAAUAUCUUUUAUCAUACCAAGAAAGAAUAG